GUUGCCCGCUAAGCUUUGGACCUUGAGGAAUCACAGAUGUCAAACCCCAAAUAUAACGUAGCUAAAGGAAGCACUUCUUCGGUAUUGUUGUAUCAUGAUGCUGCCAUAGCAGGACAUGGAUGCUAUUUCUGACACUCCAGUGGCCAUCUAACUAGCUGUUCACGACUACAAGGGGAAGACUUGAUGCUCCGAAACUUAAACAACGGGGUCGUCCAAACCUGCUUCAUGUAUGCAGUAGAAUUAAAGAAGCGUACACACCAGCUUUGCUUGCUCCCGGAAGACUCGUCCGUCUGCUUCUGCGACCGUGAUCCACUUGCGCUUGCGUGGCAGUGAUGUGACGUGGUUAUUUGUGACCUCACGUCACUCCAGCAACGUGAAUACACAGUGCCGUGCAGAGGGGCUGGAGCCUUACAAAUCUGAAAUCACAACCAGGAAGUGGGCACAUUCAUUCAUACAUGCAUCCUGCUCCAUUCAUUCAUAUACAGCCAAGGAGCUAAGGUGCACCAGUAACACAAUAAGAAAAGCCAGACAUUUUUAUUAUUUAUUUAUUUAUUUAUUUAUUUAUUAAAUUAACUUACCAGUAAGAGUUUUAUUUUUAAAUUGACAUUGAAAAUGGAGGAUGAAGACAUGGAUCAGAUCAUUCUUGUACUGAAUCAGCUGGUGUUGUGGGUUGCUGCGGGUGCCAUGGUGUUUGGAGGUGUAGUGCCAUACAUUCCUCAGUACAGGGACAUAAGAAGAACGCAGAACGCUGAGGGAUUCUCAAGUUACGUGUGUCUCGUCUUGCUGAUAGCAAACAUUUUAAGGAUAUUGUUUUGGUUUGGGAGACAUUUCGAGACGCCACUCCUAUGGCAAAGCAUAAUCAUGAUUCUGACCAUGCUAAUCAUGCUUCGCCUCUGCACUGACAUCAGGGUGGCCAGUGAACUCAACACGAAGCGCAGAGCCUUUGCAGCAACAGACAGUAAGGAUGAAGAAAUCAAAGUUCCUAAGAAGCUCUUUCUGGAUUUUGACUUGAAAUACUUCUGGCUAUGGAGCAGGUUUAUGGAUUAUCUGCAGUGUGUGCUGGCAUUCACUGCUUUAGCAGCUUACAUUACCUACCUCUUCCUGGACUCUGAUGUCUUUGUGGAAACACUGGGCUUCCUCGCUGUGUUCACCGAAGCCAUGCUGGGCACUCCACAACUCUACCGCAACUACCAAAACAAGUCCACUGAGGGCAUGAGCAUCAAGAUGGUGUGUAUGUGGACCAGCGGGGACACCUUUAAGACAGGCUACUUUGUGUUGAACCAGGCCCCGGUCCAGUUCUCCAUCUGUGGACUGCUCCAGGUCUUUGUGGACAUUGCCAUUCUUUUCCAGGUCUACUACUACAGCCACUAUCCCCAGAAGCCAGUUUCCCACGCUGUCCACACCACCAGUGCCAAGGCACUCUGAACACAAAGUCAUAAACUUCAAAUGUAUCCACCCACACACUCCUGCAGCUACCUGGGUCUUUAUACACAUGGCCAGUGACUGAUUCCACUAGUAUGAAAACCAAACUUGGGUUGCUUGCAUUUAUGGAUUUGUGUUGCUAGAAAACUUUUUUUUUUUUCAAAGCAAUAAUGGACAAAUGCAGCUGUAAUUUAUAUUUUUAUAUAUAAAUAUAUUUAAAAAAAAUUCUAAAAAAGGGCUUGUUCAGUUUUAAACAGAUUGUGAUAAUUACAAUAAGGAAGAUGGGAUGAUUUUUUUUUCGUGAAUCUUUUAUGAAUGUACAACACAACUGAUCUUGACCAUUUUGCAAGGGCUUAUGGACUUCCUCUCUGUCUGUUACGCAUAGCAAGCACAACAGGAGCAACUGCAGCAUAAUUCUAAUUGGGGAAAAUCAGUCUGUGCUUUUAUAUAUUUAGACUGUAAGUGGUUUCUCUCAGCCCCCAAUGCACACUCCUGCCAUAAAUAUACCUAGCAAGGUUUACCGCCAGAUGUUAAAUUGAUAGUAAUUGUAAUCAAUGUGUGUGUAAAUUUAAUCAACUCAAGGUUAUGUAUGUACGCUGGUUCACCUCAUUUACAUAUGCCACAUGUCAUGUUACAUCAUACUAUUUUCAUGAAGUAUUUAUCUACCCUCUUAUUGUGCAAAAGGCAUCAAUGUGUUUGGUUUAAAAGUCCCAGACCAAGCUCUUGAAUCAUUUAUGUCUGCUUCUUUCACUGGCUUUCGGUAAAAGGUUAACUCUUCUGACUGUCAAAAACGUGACUGGCUUUUUUU